AUGGGCCCCCGGGGCUGGCAAGGAGAGGGCGAGCUAAGGGGCCCCCAUGCUUUCAGCGCUGCUGCUGCUGCUGCUGCUGCUGCUUCUGCUGUUUCUGCUGCAGCAGAGACACAUGAAGGGUAUUCUGUGUAUUGGGGGGAGAGAGAGGGGGGUGGGGGCCCCCAGUACCCCCUGAGCUCGCUAACACAAGACCUGCUGGAGCAGGCUGUGCUGCGGCAGCUAGCGGAUCUGCUGCCGCUGUAUGUGCUGCAUGCAGCAGCAGCAGCAGCAGCAGAUGUACACCCCACACUGCGUGUCUAUGAAGCCACGCUGCUGCGCCUGAAACCAAAAACUAUCGCGGGGGUCCUCGGCCAGCGCCUCAGCUCCCCCCCUCAAGCUGCUGCUGCUGUCUCUCUACAACCAACACAGCAGCAACCAGCACUUGCUGCAGCAGCACAUGAUGCAGCAGAACAAGCUGCUGCUGCUGCUGCUGCUGCUGCUGCUGCACCUUCUGGGGACUCUGCUGUUGAGGGACAGUCGAAGCAAACAUCUGACGGAGACACCACAGAAAGAGACUCCGACAAGCGGAUAGAUACCCCCCAUGAUCCACCUGCUGCUGCUGCUGCUGCUGCUGCUGCUCCUGCAGCAGCAGCAGCAGCAGCAGCAGCAGCAAAGCGGCAGGACCAACUGAGGAACGGCGGGUCGAAUCCUCCGCCUCCAGGCGAUGCCUCGCCGUCUCCGCGGGGCAGCUCAUCCCCAGUGCAUGCACCAGCAGCUGCUGCAGCAGAAGCAACAGCAGCAGCAGCAGCAGCAGCAACUGCUGCAGCACACGACCAUCGGGGCCGGGGAGAUGCAGCAAUCUGUUCGCCUCUCCGCGGCGGCCCAGCAGGCGGUUCAGGCCUCUCAGCAGCCUUUCAGCAGCAGCAGCAUCAGCAGCAGCAGCAGCAGCAGCAGCAGCAUGAGCAGCUGGCUGGGGGUGUGUCUGACGAUGAUGCUCUGUCUGUGCCCCCCGCUAGCCCCUCGCGGCGGCUUCGUUCUCGUGCUGUCUCUCUCAUGCAGACAUGCAGCGCGCGGGGCUGCGUCCCCUCUUUGUCUGUUGCUCUGGGGGAGACAGUGGAAAUUCAGGUGUAUGUACACUCCGCUUUGCUGCUGCCGCUGCCGCUUGAUGCUGUUGCCCUCAGACUCUCCAGCGUACCCACUGCAGCACGGGGCCUCUCGCUCCCCCCAACUGCAGCAGCAGCAGCAGCAGCAGCAGCAGCAGCAAACGCUGGCUGCGAAGCCUCAGGAUGGCUUGUAGUAACAUCCUCUUCACUGCAGCAGCAGCAGCACCAACAGCACCACCAAAAGCACCAGCACGAGCACCAGCAGCAGCAGCAGCAGCAGCAGCAGCAGCAGGAUGAUGGUUGUUUAGUAUUAUAUCCUGGUGUGAAUGUAUUGCGGCUGCUGUGGUGCUGCUGCACCCCGGGUGUAUAUCUAAUAGAACAAAUUUGCUUCGCUGUGAAGGAUGUAGUUUUCGUGCAGUGGGCGGGGGACCUCCCGCCCCCAGCAGCAGCAGCAGCAGCAGCAGCAACAGCAGCAGCUCGAUCAGUUUCAAAUCCACUGUAUGUGCGCGAGGACGGUGGCGAUGAGCUGUCUGCUGCUGCGUUUGCUGUGCGGCUGUUUGGAGACCCCCGGGCCUUCAUUGUCUCCUCUUGCUCUCCUGCUGGCGCCACGCUGCUGCAUCCUUUUGCUGCUAUAGAGAGACUGCUGCACCCCCUCAUGCUGGAGUAUAGACACCCCAGCUCCUGUGUUGCGGUGCAGAUCGAUGCGUUGCUCCCGCAGCAGCACCACCAGCUGCUGCAGCGCCUCCGUCACCUGCAGCAGCAACAGCAGCAGCAGCAACAGCAGCAGCAGCAAGAGCAGCAGCAGCAGGACGGGGAGCAGCUGCUAGGAGACAUGCUGCAGUGCAGCAGCAACCCAAACAUUCUAUUAGAGGGGGCUCAGUCUUCUCUCCUCAUCACCAUCAACGUCCCCUGGGCCUUCUUAUGCGGCAGCACCCCGCGGCUGCGGGUGCUGCAGGCGUUGAGUGUGGGGCCCCCCAGCAGCGACUGCAGCAGCUGCAGCAGCAGCGUAGCAGAUCAGGAUACACCUGAAACGGCCUCGCAGCACGGGGCCCCCUCCUCAGAGACCUCCGAAGGUCGCAGCAAUUGGGGGGGGCCCCAGGGGGGGGGCCCCAAAGGGGGGGCCCCCAGGGGCAACGGACAUGUUGCUUUUGAGGGUAUGCAGAAGGUUAGCAGCAGAUGCAGCAGCAGGAACAGCAGCAGAGAGAGCAGCAGAGACAGCAGUAAUGAGGUAUCUGGGGUAUCAGGUGCUGCAGGUGCUGCUGCUGCUGCUGCUGCACCGCAGCAGCAACAGCAGCAGCAGCAGCAGCAGCAGAGGGACUCCUCGGGGGAGACCCCCAGCUGCUGCGGCCUGCAAACACCUCCUGAUAUGAACGCCCACUGCGGCAGCUGCUGCUCAUCUGUCUCCUCGCCGCUGCCGCUGCAGCUGCUGAUAGACUGGGAAGGGGCCCUCUGUCUGUCUAUUGAUGGGGCCCCCACCGUGCUGCCUCUGCCGCCCUGGAGACGGGGCUCCGCAGCAGCAGCAGCAGCAACAGCAACAGCAGCAACAGCAGCAGCAGCAGCAGCAGCACUAGCUGCAGCGGGCAGGAGCAGCAGAUUCGAGCCGCAGCAAAUGCAGCAGCAAGUCAUCUGCGACUCUGAAGGAGCUGAGGUAGUCGUAGCGGUCCCUCGGGCUACACCCAGCAGCAGCAGCAGCAGCAGCAGCAGCAGCAGCAGCAGCAGCAGCAGCAGCAGCAGCAGCAGCAGCAGCAGUGAAGACGAAGAGAUAGGGUGGAUAUCUCUGCCUCCCUUUAGAUCUUCCGUGCAGCUGCUGCUGCCGGUCUCUGUCUGCUGCGCCCCCGGGGGGGGCCCCCUGGGGGCCCCCGGGCUGCAGCUGCGGCGGCCAGGCGAUUGCUGCUACCGCAGCACAGACUCUUUCCUCUCCUCUGGCGCUGCAGCAGCAGACAUUCCUCGCAGUCUGUCUCGACGUCAGUGGAGGUUUGGGGGUUCGUGUGGGGUGUGUGAGGAUAUGAAGAUGCGGAGCAGCGAGUCUAUUGUCUCCGGGGGCGUAGCAGCUGUCUCCUCGCGCUGCCGCUGCAGCAGCUUCAGUGUCUCCGAGUCUCUCAGCCGCAGCAGACACAGCAGACAUCCCCUGGGCCUUGGCCGGGGCCUCAUCACAGUAGCCACUGCACUCGCAUUCACAUGCAGAAAGAGACUCCCGACUGCUGCUGCUGCUGCUGCUGCUGCACCUGCUGCUGCUGCUGCUGCUGCUGCUGCUGUAGAUAGAGACGGCCUCGCAGCUGCUGCAGAGAGGAAAGGGGACCUGCAUGAGCUCGGCGUCUUCCCGGCGACAGUUAUGCCUGAUGGUGUCUCUAGCAGCGGCCCAGGCAGCAGCAGCAGCACCAGCUACUGCAGCGACAGCAGCAGCAGCAGCAGCAGCAGCAGCGGGGACACGGAGCUGGUGGAGCUGCGGCUGCACAGCGUAGAGGUGAGUGCUGCUCUCACGCACUCUGUCUCCUUUUGGCGUGUCUCCGAUGCGCUGCGUAUCGUCCAGGUGCUGCUGAAGGCAGCAGCAGCAGCAGAGAAGCUCGUGCUCCGGUCUGCCAGCAUCGUACCCAGGCAGCAGCAGCAGCAGCAGCAGCAGCAGCAGCAGGAACUGGAGCAGCAGGAACAGGAGCAGGGCGGUGAUGCUCGUAAUGUUGGUGCUGCAGCAGCUAGCAGCAGCAAAGAGCAGCAGCAGCAGCAGCAGCAGCAGCAGCAGCUAGAUGCUCCUCUUGUGUCUCUCAUCGCCCCACCAAACCCUCUCUCUAUGGAGACAAGCUCACAGGCAGCAGGGACAGUUGCGCUGGAGACACGGCUGCCGCCCGGCGGCGUGCAGACGCUGCUGGUGCGGGUGGAGUAUCCGCUCCCCGCUGCUGCGUCGUACGCUCGCUGCAACAGCAGCAGCAGCAGCAGCAGCAACAGCCGCAGCAGCAGCGACAACACCUGCAGCCUCAACAGCAGCAGCAGCAGCAGCAGCAGCAGCAGCAGCAGCAGCAGCAGCUCGUGUUUGGCGUUUUAUGAUUUAGUUGUCCGCUAUGAAAUAGACAACGGGCACCUCGGAGAGGACCUUGGCUGCUCUCCAGUCCCGCAGCACAGCAGCAGCAGCAGCAACAGCAGCAGCAGCAGCAGCAGCAGCAGCAGCAGCAGCAGCAGUCUGCUGUCAUACGUGGUCCCACUGCAGCUACCAGCCAGGGCGUCUCCGCUGCUGGUUGAGGUGGAGUGCCCCCGCAUGGGCCGCGUUGGCUGCUCUCUCCUCGUGCAGCUGCACAUCACCAACACCACACCGCUGAUGUUACUGCCGCUGCCGCUAAUGUUGCUGCUGCUGCUGCUGAUGUUGCUGCUGCUAGGCCUGCUGAUGGAGACAGUGGAAAUUUGCCACCGAGUAUGCCUAGAGUUCGACCGUCAGGAGCCGCAGGGAGGGGGCCCCCAGGGGGCCCCAGGGGGGCCCCAGGGGCCCCCGGGGGCCCCCGAUAGACGGAGACAGAGGGCCUCGGCGGGUACCCAAAGCCCCACAAAGUCUCCUAGAGUCGGUGAAUGCCACGACUGGCUGAUGGCGGGUACAAAGUGUAAGACGCACGUGCUGGAGGGGGGUAAGAGCGUCACUGUCUCCUUCUCUGCAAUCCCUCUGCGUGCUGGCUCCCUUUCUCUCCCCUUCGUGCAGCUGCUGCACCGGAGGGCCCCUGUCUCGGGGCCCCCUGGGCCCCUGCUAGGCAGGGGCAUGCCGCACACUGCUGCGGCUGCUGCAGCAGCAGCAGCCGCAACAGGGGGGCUGCCGCUCGCAGCGGUAGAGGGGCCCCCGAGCAACAGCAGCAGCAGCAGCAGCAGCAGCAGCAGUGCGCUGUCUAGCCCGUGGGCCUCUCUGUUUGAGGGCGAGUCGCUGACGGCAGGCAGAGAAGUCCUCGUGCUGCCGAAGCUUGUCUCCACGCCCGAAGUUAGAUUGCUUCACGACCGUGGCAGCUAG